AUGCAGUUCGUGAUCAACUCCUCCUCCAUCCUCGCGCCGGCGUUGCAGCAUGCUCUCGGGAGCGCCUUGAGUGUGCCGGCGCUGUGCAUCGAGAUGUGUGCCGAGGGCCCACACCGCGUCACAAUAGAUGGGAAGACCUUCCGCGGGCUGCAGCCGUUUCUGCAGGCGCUGCGCCGCACCGCCGUGACGCCGGAGCAGAAGGCGUUCCUCGGGGAGGACGAGGAGCAGGUGUCGUUGGUGAACCAGUGGGUUGGCGCGGCGGCGGUGCUGGACGCCGAUGCCGCGCGCGCCGUUGGCGAAACUGCCGUGUCGGUUGCCAAGGCUCUCUACAGUGAUGUGGAGCGGAUUCUCCUGGCGAUGCCGAACGCAGCCUCGCGCUACCUUACCGGUAGCGAGCGCGCCACAAUGGCCGACGUGCUCCUGUACGCCGCCGCCUUCAACCACUCGUCCCACACGGAGGUGCUGCCAACAACCAUGAAGUGGGCUGCGUACGCGCAGGAGGACGCCUACCUGGUCCCCAUUCGCUCGUCGGCCGUGAAAACGGAGGAGAACCACAACGCCAGCAAGGCUCACGGCGCGGCCAAGGUGCAGGUUUCCUACGUUAAGCCGUCCGAGGAGGAGAUUCUGCGGCGCCGUGCGGAGAAAGAGAUGGCGAAGGCGGAGAAGGCUGCUGCUGCGGCGGCAGCGGGGGCGAAUGCAGCGAAAGCUUCAGCAAGCCCUAGCGCCCGUGCACCAGAGGGCAAGAAGGCCAGUAAGACGGAGCUGGAUUCUACGAGCCUGUACGUGCGUGUGGGGCAGCUGACAAACUUGCGCCGCCACCCUGACGCCGACCGGCUCUACGUCGAGGAUAUGGUGCUCGGUGACGAGACACGCACCAUUGUGAGCGGGCUGGUGGAGAACUAUGCGAUCGAGGAGCUGGAGGGCACGCAGUGCCUCGUCGUGUGCAACAUGAAGCCGAAGCCACUUAUGGGUGUCACGUCGCAGGGGAUGGUGCUGUGCGCCAAGAGGGACGCGGAAGUGAAGCUCAUCCGUCCUCCGGCGGGCGCCAAGCCAGGCGACCGCAUCCUCUUUGGUACCUCAUACGACGCUGCGGUCGCCGCGGCUGCCGCGCCGGAGCCGAUGGCGGUCAGUAAGAUGAGCGAGGUUCUCUCUCACCUGCAUACAAACGCCGACGGCGUCCUUUGCUGGAAGGAUGAGCCUGCGCGACACCCGAGCGGUGCGGCGGUGGCCAUUGUGGACAUGGCAAACUGCCCUGUGAGCUGA